AUGCAAGCAGCCCGCUACCACGGCAAGCAGGACAUCCGCAUCCAGGACGACGUGCCCGUCCCGCCAUGCGGCGAGGGCCAGGUGCUCGUCGCGCCGGCGUUUGUGGGGAUCUGUGGGACGGAUCUGCAUGAGUGUAUGUCAGUGAGUUUGAUGUUGGAGUUGAUUAGAAGGGAGGGGGAGAGAGGAGGAGGAGGAGGGGAAGGAGGAGGAGGGGGAAAAGGAGGAUGGAUGAAGAAAAGGAGGAGGAGGAGAAGGAGGAGGGAAAGGAGAAGGGAAGAAGGGGAAAUGGAAAAUGAAACCCCCAAGAAUUGGUUGAUUGAUUGAUUGAUUGAUUGAUUGAUUGAUUGAUUGAUUGAUUGAUUGAUUGAUUGAUUGAUUGAUUGAUUGAUUGAUUGAUUGAUUGGUUGAUUUAAUUGCUUACUUUUUAUUCUGCUAUAUAGAUAUGGGCGGACCAAAGUGAGCCAACACCCCUCCUCCCUCGCCCUCGCCCUCGCCCUCGCCCUCGCCCUCCCCUAUCUUGCUCCCAAGAACACCACCCAUUAACACCCCCACCCCCCUCAAGCUUCUCCCCAACAACCCCACACCCCGUCACCAACGAGAAAAUCCCCAUCACAAUCGGCCACGAAUUCUCCGGAACCAUCACCUCCCUCGGCCGCAACCUGACGCGCACCGACCUACACAUCGGCCAGCACGUGGCAAUCCAACCCACCGUCGCCUGCGGCGCGUGCGGCGCCUGCCAAACCUCCGCCGAGAACGCAUGUCCCAAGGGCGGCUUCGUCGGCCUCUCCGGCGGCGGCGGCGGUAUGGCCGAGUACGUCGCUCUGCCGGAAGCGGCAAUCUUCCCCUUGCCGUCCAACGUCGGCUUGGCAGUCGGCGCGCUCGUGGAGCCGCUGGCCGUGGCGUGGCAUGCCGUCGACGCAUCCCCCAUGGCCUCCCUGGGGCGAAACGCCAAAUGUCUCGUCCUCGGCGGCGGGCCCAUCGGGCUCGCGGUCGUGCAGGUCCUGCUGGGGCGGGGAGCGCAGAAGGUCAUCUGCGCCGAAGUGGCGACGAAGCGACAGGAAUUCGCGCGGGUGUUUGGCGCACACCACGUCCUCGACCCGACGGACUGCGAUCUCCCCCAGGCAUGCCUAGACCUCUGCGGCGGCGUGCACGGGCCCGAUAUCGUCUUCGACUGCGCCGGCGUGCCGCAGUCGCUGGAAGCGGCGUGUAAAGCCGUGCGCGCCCGCGGCGCCGUCGUCAACGUGGCCAUCUGGGAGACGGCAGUGCCGUUUAAUCCCAACUGGUUGGUUUUCCGCGAGGCGAGUUAUCAGGCCACGCUGGGGUAUCAGGCCAAGGAUUUUCAGGGCGUCGUGGAUGCUUUGGGGGCGGGGAAGAUGAAGCCCGAGGGCAUGAUUACGAGCACGAUUCGUAUGGAUCAGUUGGUGGAUCGCGGGUAUUUGGCGCUGAUCAAUGAGAAGGAUAAGCAUGUGAAGAUCUUGGUCGAUGUGCAGGGGUCCUUGCGGGCUGGGGUCUGA